AUGUCCGAACACAAUCUGUCCGAGGCAGAUCAAAACCAGCCUCGCUCCGUGGUUGCAUGCUAUGUAUGUCGCAAACGCAAGGUCAAAUGCUCCAAAGAGUAUCCUCAAUGCACCUUGUGUGCGCAGACACUACAAACAUGCGAAUAUCCCGAGAAGCUGUUGCGGCCGGGACCUAAGAUUGGGUCCACCCAAACCCCGCGGAAGCGCAAAAGACAAGGGGAGACAGUGCAGGUCAAUGCGAGUGCCCCGAGGCAACGUAUUGAUUCACCGCUGCCACCAACACUAGCGCCGCAGGACUCGCCGUCUCCAUCGCGAGAUCUGGCACCUAGUCCUCGUGGCCACGUCGAUCUACCAGAGCCAGACUCACCCAGUCCUAGGCCUGACAUUCAAAGUCUCAGUUUCAUCAUCCAUCCAUCUCAUGACUCGUGUUCCGACCAGCGCAAGGACGGAAGCCCGGGGAGCAACAAGCAGAGAUCCCCCGAAAGCCAUGUGGCCUCGAGCUGUUUUGCUCUGGGGUUUAAUCCUGGACUACUGGAUCACUACAUUGACAAGUUCUUUGAGAAUUUUACCUCGUUCCGACUGUUCCGCGAAUCCGACUUUCGCAACCUGCUCCACCAGGUUGAAACCCACUACCAAUGCCGGGCCCUGAUCGCCACGUUGCUGCUCUUCGCCACGAAGAGCGACGAGGGCACCGAUGAGGACUAUCCGGUACCGGGAAUAUCACAGGGUCGAGCAAGCGCCAAAUUCGUCUCUCAGGCACUCAAGUACGUCGACAUUGCCAUUUACGAGCGGGCUGACUUGCCCAUGUCGCUCCCUCUGUUGCAAACCAUCAUUCUGAUCUCACACUAUCUGCUGACGCAAGGCGUACGGGGUCGAGCAUGGCGAUACCUGCGAUGUGCCGUCGGCUCGGCGUAUGAGCUGAACAUGCAUCUGAUCGAUGCCGACCGAAACUGGACCAAUGACAUCGACCCUCAACUGUGGAGUGAGGAUGAAGAGCGGCGUCGAGCUUGGUGGGCAAUCUGGGAAAUGGACGUCUUCUCUAGCGUCAUUAGGCGGUGCCCAACCGGCAUAGAUUGGACCCAAAACGAAACUUUUCUGCCCGCCGACGACGACAACUGGACCCGCGGCGAGCCUCAACAAAGCUGCAAACUGAGCCUGGAUCCCGUGGGCAGGUACAAGGCUCUGGAGGCAUGUGGCAACCAAUCUCCCAAGGCAUGGUUCCUGAUCAUCAACUCGUUAAUGAAGGAGGCCCAGAAAAUCACCAGUCCAAUGGGGCUCGAUACUUCAUUUGUCCCCGAUCUACAUGUUUCUGCUACCGCCACUGCCACUGCUUCUGAUACAGCCAAGCCACAAGACCGCCACGGACACAGCUACGGCCACCGCACGCCAUCCCGAGCGAGGGAGUCGCUCAAUCAACUUCGGAUUAUUCGCAACGCACUGCAAUGUACAGUGAUGGCGCUCCCUCCCCAAGUCAAAUAUCGGUACCAGUAUCUCAGUUUCGGGAUGCGGGAGAUUGACAGGCAGUCGGUCAUCACGCGGCGACUCCAGCAUAGCGCGAUUUACAGCAUCCACACCAUGGUGCAGCUGACGAAGUUGAUGAUCUACAAGUACCACCUGUUCAAUCAAAGUGGGGAUCAGCUGCUGAAGAAAGAUUGCCACCAUCACUUAGCUCGCAACCAGGCUCUAGAACAGUAUUCGGAGUCCGCGGAUGAGAUUGUGUCCCUUGUCGGCCAGAGUUACGAAGAACACUUUCGCUUCGUCAACCCCUUUACUGCCAGCACAAUCUGGCUCGGAGGCGCCGUCCAAUUGCUGUACCGCGAGUUGGCGCCCCUGAAUCCGUCCGAAAAGGCGGUGACAAACUCCAAGCUUGAGUUGCUUCGUAUGACAUAUAAUCACUUUGUGAGUUUUUGGUCAAUGUCCUCGACGAUGCAGAAGAAUCUCGAGGUCGUUGAGACCGAGAUCCACAAUCUCAGAUGCGGUGGGCCCAAAGCACAAGAACAAGGACAAGACCAAAUCCGUCUUCCGCCCCAGACAGACACAAACGCAAGAAUCGAGGCCGACGGUGCGGGCGAUGGUCACGGCGAUGUGGGGUUGCACCCGGCCGAUGACUCCACGGUCACCUGUACGGGUCCGUUCAUGUCGACUCAGUCGAUCCCGCCGCCAAACACCAGACCAACUUGGCUCACAGGCCAGCAGCUACCGGAGUCGGCCACGCCUCUCACAGGCUUUCUCCGCAUCUGUCCCGCUCAAACGGCAAUCAACUCGAUAUGUUGGGACCAUCUGUGUCAAUGUCCGUCUUGGGUCAAGGAGCGUCCAGUGGCUGCGGUUUAA